AUGUUAGUUAAACAUGCGUCAUUUGAUGUGGCGAUAUUUUUCUUUCUCUAUCUUUCACUUCAUUAUUUAGGCUUCUUCUUCUUCUUUUUUUUCCUUCAUUUUCUUCUCCUUCUUUCAUAUUCUUCUUUCUUUUUCGUUUUCUUCUUGCGGAGUUAUUCGUUUUCAGUAAACCAAACCAAAGAGACGACGACUUCUUCUUCUUCUUCUUGGCAACCCAAAUCAAAGAAACUUCUUUUUCUUUGUUCAUCUCCUUUUUCUUCUUCUCCUUCUCUCUUCUUUCAUCUAUCUUCUUCUUCUUUUGCCAACGAGAUAUUUCCUUUCUUUUUCGUUAUUUUUCUUCUCUUUCCUUUUUUUUUUCUACUUUUCUUCUGUAUUCUUCUUUCCUUUUCUUUUCGUCACUAUUCCUCCUCUUUUAUUGUUUCUUUUUUUCUAUCUAUGUUUUUCCUUCUCUUUCUAACUCUUUUCCUCUUUUUUUCAACUGUUUUCCUCUUUCUUUUCUCUCCAUCGCUAAUUGCCCUUGUAUUUUAUUCUGUUUUUCUUUUAUCUUCAUUUUUCCUUCUCUUUCUACCACUUUUCCUCUUUUCAACUGUUUUCCUCUUUCUUUUUCUUUCCAUCGCAAUUAUCUUCGUCUUUUCUUGUUUUCCUUCUGUCUUCUUCUUAACUUCUCUUUCCUUCUUCUCUUCCCAUUUUCUUCACUAUUCAUCUUCUUUCCUCCCAUUUACUUCUCUUUCCUAA